AUAUUGUUAGUAUGAGUUCCAUUGACGAUGCAGGUUUUGAAAAUGUGGCUCUAGAUGAUGAUAAGACACCAAGAACCCCAAACAGUGAUGAUGAUUUUGAUGAUGACUUGGGUGUUCCACACUCUCUUAUGAUUGUGUCUGUAGAAGGAACUCCAAUUGUUGUUGAAAGAAAAGAUGAUAGAGAUAACACCAACAAAGGUAAAAUAGCUUACAGUGCAAUUUACAGACCCACAUUAAAAUUUAGUUCCUACAACAGAAAGAUUUUUAUACCUGAAGUUGAAAUCAAUGCCACAAUAGUUGAUUAUGAAAGGAACCUCACUUCCCACUUUUUAAAUCCCAAUUUAUACACAAUAAGUUUUAAACAUGGAGAUUUUGUUUGGAAAAUUAAAAAGAGAUACAAUCAAAUACAGCAUCUUCACCAACAGCUUGUCCUGUUCAGGACCUCUUUAAACAUCCCUUUCCCUACCAAGACACACAGGGAAAAACGAGAGAGUUUUCGCAAUAAAAAGCCUAAGGGGACCUUACCAAGAUUUCCAAAGAAGCCUGAAGUAUUAGUUUCCUAUGAAAGAAUUGACCAAAGAAUCAAGCAACUAGAAGAGUAUUUAAAUAAUUUAUUGUCCAUUAGCAUUUACAGAACUCAUCCAGAGACAAUAGCAUUUCUUGAAGUCUCCCACUUGUCAUUCAUUGAUGGCUUAGGCAUAAAGGGCAAAGAGGGAUUUGUAAAAAAAGGAUCUGGUAGCACGAGGGGCUGUUGUAACUGUAUGGGUUGCAUUAACAGCACAUUCUGUAUAAGAUGUUCUCAUAGAUGCAACGACUUUUGGUGUACCAGAUGGCUAAACAGGUGGUUCUUUGUGAAAGACACUUGUUUCGGUUAUAUAGACCCAAAAGAUGGUCGAAUAAAAUGCGUUGUUCUAUUCGACCAAGGGUUUGAAGUGUCCUUUGGUAUGUAUGCCACAGGUUUACAUACCGGUUUACAACUUGUCACUUUGUCUAGGCAAAUUGUCAUUAAAUGUGGAACUCGAAGACAUGCUAAAGAAUGGCAAGAGGCACUGAAAGAAUCUGCAAACUUCUUAGCAAAAGAUUUUACUCAACUUAAUCAACACCAUUCGUUUGCCCCUAUUAGAAACAAUAUUAUAGCCUCAUGGUUUGUUGAUGGGGCUACUUACAUGGAAGCUGUAGCAGACGCCAUUGAAUCUGCUAAAGAAGAGGUCUUUAUAGCAGAUUGGUGGCUUAGCCCUGAAAUAUAUUUAAAAAGACCUGCCGUAGACGGCGAUUACUGGAGACUCGAUAAGCUCCUAAAGCGAAAAGCUAAGCAAGGAGUAAAAAUAUUCGUUCUUUUAUAUAAAGAAGUAGAAAUGGCGUUGGGAUUAAACAGUUAUUAUAGUAAGCAAAAAUUAACAGAAGAUUGCGAUGACAACAUUAAAGUUCUCAGACAUCCUGAUCACGCAAAAGUGGGAGUCUUUUUGUGGGCUCAUCACGAAAAAAUUGUGGUAGUAGACCAAACGUUCGCCUUUUUAGGAGGCAUCGACUUAUGCUACGGUAGAUGGGACGACAACCAACACAGACUGACUGCUGAGUGGUGUGUCACACAACCAACAGUUGACGUAUCCACUUUAAGAAAAAAAUCUUCUAGUGUUCCUGGGGGUGAACCCAUCUAUCCUAUCCCUGUUCCUUACUACAAAAGAGCCUGUGAAUUGCCAGACACCCCAGAUGAGGACUAUCAAGAAUCCAGUUCCUCCUCAGAGGCCACAAUUCCACAGCUGGCCCCUGGCGAUCACUUGUUGCUUCCCAACAUGAAUACAAGUACUGUAAAGUGUAACACUCCUGAAAUGGAACGAAAAAACGUACUUUCAACCAUAAAAAAUAAGGGCACGAACCUUAUAAAGAUGAUCUACUCGCCAAAUGAAGACUCAGUGGAAUGUUCGGGGGUAGAAGGUGGCGAUAAAAUUGAAGCAAACGGGACUGUAAUGCUUCAGGAACCGCAGGAAGAUUUGAGGAAUUUGGAUGGAUCAGCAAAGUUCUGGAUUGGAAAAGAUUAUGUCAAUUUUAUUGUGAAGGAUUUUACGAAUCUCGACUCUCCUUUUACGGAUUUCAUAGAUCGUGUAACGACUCCUAGAAUGCCUUGGCACGACGUAGGAGUUUGCGUACAAAAAGCUGCAGCAAGGGACGUUGCCAGGCAUUUUAUACAAAGAUGGAAUGCCACAAAACUAGAAAAAGCCAAAUUUAAUCCCUCUUACCCUUAUCUUUUACCAAAGAGUUACGAUUUUAAGACUAAUAUACCAGAAAUUCUGACCCAUAAUACUCAUACUGUUACAUGUCAGGUCCUUCGAAGUUGCAGUACAUGGUCUAUAGGAUUUUUAGAACCAGACACAGUCGAACAAAGCAUCCAUGAAGCUUACAUUGACAUCAUAACACGUUCACAACAUUACAUUUAUAUAGAAAAUCAAUUUUUUAUUACCUUGCCUUACUCGAACCCAAACACAAGAAAUCAGAUUGCUGAGGCACUCUUCAAGAGGAUCUUAAGGGCUCAUAAAGAAAAGGCAGUCUUCAGGGUGUACGUGGUAAUGCCUCUCUUGCCAGCAUUUGAAGGUGAAAUUGGUGAUGCAACAGGAACUUCUUUACACACUAUUACUCAUUGGAAUUAUUUGUCUAUUUGCAGGGGUAAAGAUUCGUUGCUGAAUAGACUAAAAGAGGCAGGAGUAUCAGAUCCUUCACAAUACAUUAAUUUUUAUGGUCUCAGAACUCAUUCCAAGUUAAAUGGCGAACCUAUUACAGAACUUGUUUAUGUACAUUCAAAAUUGAUGAUUGUCGAUGAUAAGAUGGUUAUUUGCGGUUCUGCCAAUAUUAAUGACCGAUCAUUGAUAGGAAAGCGUGACUCAGAAAUUGCAGUUUUGAUAGAGGACGAAACAUUCGACGAGGGUGCAAUGAAUGGAGAGUGUUUCCCAAGUGGAAAAUUUGCCGGAGGCUUGAGGAGACAAUUAUUCAAAGAACAUUUAGGUUUACUUGGCAAAGAAAAUGAAUGCAUAGAUAUCGACAUAACGGAUCCCAUUAGCGAACAGUUCUACAAAAAUGUCUGGUAUGAAAAGGCUAAAUUAAACACAUCCUUUUACGAAAAAGUCUUCCACUGUAUACCCAGCGAUAGGGUUGAAAAUUUUGCAUCCCUUAAAGAAAUCCAACAGGAACUGCCCCUCUACUCUUCCGAAGUGUCGAGAGCUGAAAAGAUGCUGGAAAGUAUCGAGGGUAAUUUGGUACUUCUCCCUCUCAAUUUCUUAAGUAAAGAGGUGCUAACUCCAGCUCCUGGUAGUUUUGAGGGUAUGAUGCCAACAAGUCUGUGGACUUAACAAAAUAGAGGCCUAUUUUUUGAUAUUGUACUUUUUAAUAUCACAAAAUAUUUUUAUGCGUACUUUUGCUAGUUUUAAAAAAAAGUGCAAUUUGUUGUUUCUGUGUGUAUAUUAAUGUAGCCAAUGCGAUAUUAUUAGUUGCACAUAUUUUUUUUACAUGGAAAGUAAUUUUAAGUUAUUUUAAACGACGACUUAAUAUUUAUUGUACAGUAUUAGAAUUUGCUAAAGAUUUUUCCCGUCCUUAUUUCGUAAAAUACACAAUUCCAUGUAACAAACACGAAUAUGAAACAAAAGCAUUUCAUUGUUAUCAGUAUUGGUAAUUAUGCAGAUGAUGAGACUAAAGGUUGAAGGAGGGGAAAUUAGUGAAGGGGGUGGAUAUGUCCUUGAAGAAACACUAAAAGUGUUCGGCGAAGGAGUUGGAGGGAUGUCAACGUCACUACCUUCAAAUGUGUUUUUUAGUGUUUUUCAAGGUCAUCCCCACCCCUUCGCUCAUUUACCCCCCCC